UAUGAACAAACAAUAGAAGAAAAUCUAAAAGUAAAAUGAGAAGUUAAAGAUCUAAAGUUAAGAUAAUGAUAGUCAAUAGAAUAUUGAGGAUAUAAUACAUGAUAAGAAUGAUUUCAUUUGUCCAAUAUGUUUAAAUUAUAUUGUGGCAGCUGUUUCUUUAAAAUGCGGACACACCUUUUGUGAAAUAUGUUUACAUGAAUAUUUGCUUUAUUUCAAAGGAUGUCAUAUUUGCAAUGAUAACAUGAGAAAAUCUAAAUUUGCAUAUUGUUAUUUAUUAGAUUAAAUGAUUCAUGAAUUUAUAAAAUCACAUCAUCCAGAAGAAUUAAAAACUUAUGAAAUGGAUAAAAUUAAAAAUAAGGAAUGGAGAAAAAAGAAACAGUAUAAUCAUAUUAUAAUUUUUAGAGUUUCCUCUAUAGAUGUAGGAUAAUAAAUAGAUGUAAGAGAUCCAAAUUUUGUAUGGAAUGUUGGAACUAUCAAAAGACUUAAGAUAUCUUAAGAGGCAAGCAAAAUUAAAUAUCUUGUCAUUCAUUAUGAAGGUAAAUCAGACAAACACGAUGAAGAAAUAGCAGAAAAUUCUCCUAGAUUUGCUGCAUUAGGAUUUUAUACAAGCAGAAAUGAUAUUCCUAAAUAUUAUAAAUAGACCAAAAAUCCAUUUUUAAAAAAUCUAUUGUACAUAGAAUGUAUGGAUCCAAAUGACAAUCAAUUCAAUUAAUAGUUUUUUAUAGAAGAUAAUUCUAGUGAAAGUGAAUGA